CUGAAUGUUUUUGUGAGUAAAUGUUAACGUUUGGUGUAAAGUUUUCAAACGAUCAACACUCGUUCACGACCGUAAGAUUUCCGCCUGAGGUUAUGCCAACAGAACAGUUGUGUCUGGACUACUAAGAGAAGAGCCAAGCGUCAUCUCUAAUAACAGCUAAACCGAGGAAUUAUGCGAACUGUUGACAGCUGUCUUCACAAUAACGUCAGCAUUGCCAAAAGCUUGAUUCGCACUUACCUUGUGUUUUUCUGCAACUGUAUCGCUCUGUUUCUUCAUUGCUUUCCCUCUUACCGUACCAAGUUUAAGUUAGCAAUUUGUUCCCGAUUGAGGUAAAAGAAGUUUUUAUCUUAUUUAAUACAUACUUCAAUGUUUCAAAUUCAGCAUAAACAAAUUGCUCACAUGGUGGCGCAGAUACGAUCAAAACAAAAAGCCACUAAAGACAGUCAAGAUAGAGUACAAAAAAUUAUUGUUGAAGAUCGUGAACAACGUCCUGAUACUUCUGAUGCAGAGUUGGUCAAUCUGUUCGAAAGAAACUUAGAAACUUGUUAUGACACUAGUAUAUCAAUAAACAACUAUUUAAAAGAUCAAGACUUGUGCAAUAUAGGAUGGCCUAUAAAGACGAAUAAAACUCAUUUACAGCUUAAGAUGGCUCAGAAUUGGACACAAACCCAUGAAGAAGAUUUAAUCAGCCAAAUAGAAAAUGGAAAAUUGUAUCAUAAAUUGACCAAUACUAUUGCGCCUGACGAACUACCACUUUUGCAAUCCCCAAGUAAUCAAACAUAUUGGGGUAAUGAAAACCCAUCUGUCAGUUCAGUGUAUCUUGCUAGUAUUGCGGCUGCUUGUGGAAAAAGGCAAGAUAGUAUGGCUGGUGCUGCAGCAUUCUUCCCUUUGCCUAACUCUAGCUAUUUCUUACCAGACGAUUUGAUACCUUCAUCUUACCCUUUUGCUUCUAAAAAGGGCAUGAUGCUUUUUGGAGAUUAUCAAUACGGUGCUCAACGCAAUUUUAAGCAGCAGUUGCUAUUUGGUGCGGAGGAUUGCUCGACGGCUGUAGGUAAAGCAACGUACCUCACUACCGAACAAAUUCAAGGCAUCAGUACAGCCAGCAUGAUUGAAGCGUAUUUUAAGCCAGGAAAUGAGUAUAACUACACCGCAAUCACUUUUCUUAGCGGUGAUAUCCAAGAAGAGCAGCUAAAGUUAAUUCAGCCUGGUGAUAUUUACCUAGUGAAAGGCCACACAGCUAUUAUUGCCACAAAUCCUGACAGUAAGAGUAAUAUUACUACUUUACAGUUUAAUCGGGAAAUAGAUACCCCCGCAAAUAAGACAUUAGGAGGUGGAAUGUAUAACUAUAACUUACGUGACAAAGCAAAAGAAACUGGUGUCUAUAUUUUGCGCCCUGAUUUAGAACUUUUACACGAAUCUUGCUCAUUAAGCAUGCUACUGAACAAGAUUGACUUUAAAUAUUCCAUACUUUUUCCUAACGGACCUAAGGAUAUUCCAGGAGAUUGCAGAAUAUUUUUUAAAGAUAAUUCAACUGACUGUUAUAGGAUAUCGAAGAGGCAAUAGCAACUAUUUUAUGAUGAUGUAGCUUUGUAGCCUGAAAAGUCAAGAAUUAUGGUACAUUUAAAUUGGCUAUAACAUAAUAUAAAAGAGUUGUAGUAUCCUCAAGGUGGUGUGCUUAGUGCAAUUAAAACGAGUUGAAACUUUGUUCCCUCCCAAUGGAGAACUAUUUUAUUUAAACAAGCAUUAUACAUAGAAAAGAAAUGAAAACCCCUCCU